AUGCCCGCGAGCAACGGCGACCCACUGCAUGCAACUCUCGAAAUCCGGCGGAACCUCACCAUGGCGACUCCUCGCUCCGUCUUCAUCCUCGCGUUGGUUCUCGCCACGCUUCCCGCACUCUAUGCCGCGUCCGCGCCACUGCGGGGCGACAUCGCUGCUGGGGGAAGCGCGGGCGAGGACGCGGCGAGUUGGGGCCGCAUGCUGCUGGAAGCGAGCGGCGGUGACGUGGACGUGGGUGGCGAGGAGGAGGAGGACGGGCUGGACGAGGCGGUGCGGGUGCUGCUGAGCUGGAAGAAGAUCAAGAACGGGAUCAAGAACGCGGCGAGCAAGGCGGGAGGGGUGGCGAAGAAGGUGGUGCAGAAGGGCGGCGUGGACGCGCUCAAGGCGGCGGCCAAGGGGUUCAGCAACGGCGGCUUGAAGGGCGCUCUCAAGGCCGGCGGUACCUCGUUUGCUAGCACCGCGAAAAAGAUGGUGUAG